GUGACAGCAAUAACAAUUGUCAAAAUUCUCACACCGGACACCGCGCAAACUACGAAAACAGUGAUUUUCCAUGAAAAGUGAUAUAAAUUCCAUCAUCUCCUGCUCAUAAACCUCGUCCACGAUGUUUGCCAAACCGUAUAAAUUAAAAUCUAACAACACGUUAAAGAACUCUGAGAAGAAGCACUUGGUACAAAGGAUACAGAAUGAGUUCCCGAGUAUCUCGGAAGAGAAGGCGAAGGAGUUGGUGCCCAGUAAGUCGACUUGUAGCUGCAUGAAAGUGACGCUGAACUCCGGCGAGGCUGUGAAUGUAUACGCGGUGGACGGCGCACCGACGAUGAUCGAGAUGGCGGACUGCAUGGUGCCGACCGUCUGCGCGCUGUGGAAGGCACCAGAACUUGCUCCUGCCAUUGUUAUACACUCUCCGGUCUUAUUCAAGAUACAAGGUGGAGCUCCUCUCUACCUCCCUGGUGUGGUGCUCCCUGCCAGUGGCAUUGGCUUCCCCCUCUUCCAACGAGGGUCUAUAGUGUCCGUGCACACCAGUGACAACUCUGCUGCUGCAGUAGUGGGACGAGUCACUAUGUCCAGUGCUGACAUGCUUCUCAGGGCAGCUGGUGUCUGUCUUGAUACACUUCAUGUGUUUGGAGAUCAGCUGUGCAAAGAUCCAAAGUUUUCCAAAAUUGAGAGACCAAAGUUGGGACCACCAUCAUAUGCCAGCGGGGAGAUAUCUCUCAGCCUUGUCAGUGCUGUUGAAAAGAUGAGCAUCCAACCAACAGUGAAGGAAGAAUGGCCGUCACUAGGCAAGCAAUCGCAGCCCCCACCACAGGUGCCAAAUGAACCACAACUCAUUACCGAGGUAGAUGCACCAAACACAGAUGAGGCGUCCAAUGAUGUUGACAUGGAGGAUAGUGUCCUUGCAGAUGAAUCUCAGACGGAGCUAGACAUCCCCACAGACAUGGAUGGAUUGUUGAAGUGGUGCCUGCUCUCGUUCAUUAAGCUGGAGGGCAAGAGUAUUGAACUACCACUCAAAACCAACUUAUUCUACAAGAACCAUUUGAUGCCAUUAUGCCCUUCUGACCAAACACUGGACGUUAAGAAAUCAUCAUACAAGAAAAUGGGUAAAUUUUUGGAGGCAAUGCAGGAGGAAGCGUUACUAGAAGUGCGUGAGAUCGAGCGCGGCGUGUCGGCAGUGGUGGCGCUGAACCUCGCCGCGCCCGCCGUCCGCCAGCACCGCGUGCCGCCGCUCCUGCGGGACCUGCUGCUCGACAGGAGGAAGGAGCCCGCGCCGCACGACACGGACUACGAGCCGCCCGUCGUGCGCGAGCUCUUCUGUCUCACCGCCGCGCUUGUAGACCUGUUCGCACCGCUCAAGAAAGGCACAGCACUGACCUCGUCAGAAAUCCGGAGCACGGUGACGGAAUACGUGAAGGCGCACAACCUGAACUGUACUCGAACAAAAGGCGCAGUCGUACUCGACCCGCUGCUCGCUAAGAUCGUCGGCAAACAAGAACAGGAGAGCGUGAAGUGGGACGAGCUGAUGACGUGCGUGCAGAACAAGAUGACGGCGAGCACUGAGAUGCGGUUCGCGGACGGCAGCGUCAAGCUCACCAAGGCCAAACUCGAGCCCAUCAAAAUGCAGGUCGUCAACCGGAGUGGAAACAAGAAGGUGACACUAGUUUCAAAUCUGGAGUCGUUCGGGUUCAGCCUGCCGGGGCUGAGCCGCGCGUGCCAGCAGGCGGCGGCGGCGUCCUGCGGCGUCACACGCUCGCCCGGCGCCAGUGCCGACCAGCUCAUGCUGCAGGGAGAUCAGACUCAUUUCGUAGCAAAGUUACUUAUAGAAAAAUAUGGACUACCCAAGAAAUUCGUUGAAGGCGCAGAUAAAGCCCUCAAAAAGAAGAAAUAAGCACUUGUAGACAUAGAACCUUCUAUUGAUGAAUAACAAGCAUUGCUAAAAGUGAUGAAGUACAGCAAUAACUUGUAAAGAACAAGUGCAUGAAAUGCAAAUGGAAUAUUCUAGAAACUGUCUAGCAGUGAUAAAUCUGUGAAGUGAUAACUAAGUGAGUGUGAAUUAAAUAAAACUCUUCUGAGGUUUUUAUAUUUA